CAAUUUGUUAAUGCUCGCAGCAAAUACCAAUUUAAUCUGCCAUUAAAGUUUUCAGCGUAGAUUUGUUUACUUGUGCCUGUGCCUGUGAUAAACCUAAUCCGCGUAAAUCUCUUAAAACGGCGAACAGUUUCAAAAUAACGAUAAAGAACCGUCACUCAUACGUUAGUGGCGUAUGAAUUCUAUCUUCCUGCCAGUUUAAUCAUCCUACAUGUGGUGUUAGCCGGCUAAUAGCAAGAACCGAGUUAUUAACUCCCUUAACAUUACAAGAUUAGUCCGUAAUUGUACAAGAAAAUGCAUCCAGACACACUUCAGCUUAUACAAAUCCUAGAAAAAACCGUUUCGCCUGAUAAAAAUGAAUUGGAGCAAGCUUCGACGUUUCUUGAACAAGCAGCCGCCGCCAAUAUCUUAGAAUUUAUUAAAACCCUUUCUGAUAUCCUCCGACAUGGGAGCAACAGUCCAGUUGCUCGAAUGGCCGCCGGUCUCCAAUUGAAGAAUCAACUUACGUCCAAAGAUCCGAAUAUCAAACAGCUUUGUCAGCAGAGAUGGCUGUCAGCCCCAGAAGAAAUACGGAACUACGUCAAGAAAAACGUUGUAGGUGCGUUAGGAACAGAAACAAAUCGGCCUUCUUCAGCCGCGCAAUGCGUGGCAUAUAUCGCAGUGACCGAAUUACCCCAUCACCAAUGGCCCGACCUAAUCGGGACCUUAGUAAGCAAUGUAGUACAACCCAACUCUACAGAAAUGCAAAAAGAGGCUACUUUAGAAGCCAUCGGCUACAUCUGCCAAGAAAUCGACUCCGAUGUCCUCAUCACCCAAUCUAACGACAUUCUAACCGCCAUCAUCCACGGAAUGCGCUCCACGGAGCCCAGCAACCACGUUAGAUUCGCGGCGACCCAGGCGCUACUGAAUUCCCUCGAAUUCACCAAAGCGAAUUUUGAAAAAGCCACCGAAAGAAACUUCAUCAUGGAAGUGGUGUGCGAGGCGACGCAGUCGCCAGACACCCAGAUAAAAGUAGCCGCUUUGCAAUGUCUGGUGAAAAUCAUGUCACUGUAUUACCAAUACAUGGAGCCCUACAUGGGCCAAGCUCUCUUCCCCAUCACACUAGAAGCGAUGAAAUCUGAUAACGAUGCUGUGGCGUUACAGGGUAUUGAAUUCUGGUCCAACGUUAGCGACGAAGAAGUGGAUUUAGCAAUAGAGGCUAAUGAAGCAGCGGACGCAGGACGACCGCCAACGAGAGUAUCGAGGCAUUACGCCAAAGGUGCUCUCCAAUUCAUCGUCCCGAUCCUCCUCCAGAAGCUCACCAAGCAAGAAGAACUCGACGACGAAGACGACUGGAACCCAAGCAAAGCAGCCGGUGUAUGUCUGAUGUUAUUGGCCACCUGCUGUGAAAACGAAAUCGUACCGCACGUUUUGCCUUUCAUCAAGGAAAACAUCAAAUCCGAAAACUGGCGCUUCCGAGAUGCCUCCCUCAUGGCGUUCGGCUCAAUCUUGGGUGGCUUGGACAACACCACCCUGAAACCGCUAGUAGAACAAGCCAUGCCUACCCUGAUCGAACUCAUGUACGACAGCAGCGUCAUCGUGAGGGACACGGCAGCGUGGACUUUCGGCCGAAUAUGCGAGAUCAUCCCCGAAGCGGCCAUCAACGAGAACUAUCUCAAACCCUUGUUGGAAAGUCUGAUCAACGGGUUGAAAGCCGAACCCCGGGUCGCAGCCAACGUCUGUUGGGCCUUUUCUGGUCUGGCGGAGGCUGCCUACGACGCGGCAGAUACCAACGAAGACACCGGAGCUCCAGACACUUACAUCCUGUCACAGUAUUUUGAAUAUAUUGUUCAACGGCUACUCGAAACCACCGACCGUCCAGAUGGCGCGCAAGCCAAUCUCAGACCAGCAGCGUACGAAGCACUGAUGGAAAUGGUGAAGAACUCCCCGAAGGAUUGUUACGUUACGGUGCAGAAGACGACGAUGGUGAUCCUGGAACGAUUGCAGCAAGUCCUGCAGAUGGAAACGCACAUUACAAGUCACAGCGACAGGUCGCAGUUCAAUGAUCUUCAGUCGCUGCUUUGUGGUACUUUGCAGUCCGUGCUGAGGAAGGUCACUCCAGAGGACGCUCCACAGAUUUCUGAUGCCAUUAUGACGGCUAUGCUGACGAUGUUCAAUUCGAAUUCCUGCAAAAGUGGAGAGUUUAUCAUAGGAGUGCAAGAAGACGCUCUUAUGGCCGUGUCGACCCUCGUAGAGGUCCUCGGCGAAGGCUUCCUUAAGUACAUGGACGCCUUCAAACCUUUCCUUUACAUUGGUCUGAAAAACCACCAGGAGUACCAAGUCUGCGGUACCGCCGUAGGCCUCACCGGCGACAUAUUCCGCGCUCUCAAACUAAAAGCUCUUCCCUACUGCGACGAGAUCAUGACCCUCCUCCUCGAGAACCUCGGCGACCAGUCGGUCCACCGCAGCGUCAAACCCCAGAUCCUCUCCGUCUUCGGCGACAUCGUCCUCAGCAUCGGUCCCGAAUUCAAGAAGUACCUCGAAGUUGUCCUGACCACACUGGCGCAAGCGUCGCAAGCACAAGUGGACAGGAACGACUUCGACAUGAUCGACUACUUGAACGAACUAAGGGAAGGGGUUUUGGACGCUUACACGGGUAUUAUACAGGGUCUUAAGGGCGACGGCCCCACUCCCAGUCCAGACGUCAUGAUCUUGGAGCCGCACAUUCCUUUCAUCGUCCAGUUCAUAACGGUAGUGGCGCAGGAUACCGUCCACUCGGACGCCACCGUCGCGGUGGCAGCAGGUUUGGUAGGCGAUUUGUGUACGGCGUUCGGAGCGCCUCUUUUGCAGCUGCUGGACCUAGAGCCCAUCAACGAGAUGCUGGCGCAGGGCAGGCGCAGCGGAACGAGUCGCACCAAGACAUUGGCGAACUGGGCCACGAAGGAGCUGCGAAAGCUGAAGGCGAACUCGACGACGGCCGUCGCUAGUUGAUUUUCUUUGGCAUGUUGUGGUUUAACAGAAGGAAAUCUAACGAAGGUGUGGUCAACGGCAUCGAUAUUGGAUUCGCAUUAUACAUAAAACCAAAAUUCUUGCAGACAUUUAGUUUUCGUUUCGGUUGAGUCGGACCAGUUUUGCUCAGCAGUCGACGAUGGGGAUGUCAGUUGCGUGAAGGGGGGGUGGGUGGGCACCGACUGUCGGCUCGUUGAGUAAAACUGGUCAGCUAGUUUGACAUGGUAUUGUUCCCCAAUACUUUCGGUUUUCGGGGUGCAGAGUGAGUGCUGAUGCAUAUGGACUCUUUGAUAAACUGUGAGUGCUAAUCCGUAGCUGUGAACGCUUGUGAAUAGUGUCUGAAUCUUCUUCGCCUGUUUCGUGAAAGGCGGUUAGCUCAAGACUGAAGAGUGAAGUGGUGUCUCCUCUAUCACUUGUUGCGUCUUUUACGUUCGUCUUCACUUUAGUAUUGUAUUUGAUUACAAUAAAAGCAUUUGUCUAUUUCACAUAUCGAAUUAAUCAUAAGUAGUUAUUUUUAUAUGGCUUGGUGACGAUUGCGGACGCACUACACCAGAACAUGAGCAAUUAGACGAUUACCAUGUUUCGUUGCAGUUCGUGCGUAAUUUGUCCGUCAGGGAAAAAGAACAAAACACGCUCGCAAACAAUUUAUAGAUUUCGUCAAUUUAGCGAACGACUUUCUCGUUUUUUUGGAGUUUAUUGAAGACUGCGAUAAUCAAAACCUGUCCAUAGGAGCGUGUUCUGGUCUCUUUUCGGUAGUUAAUUUUUUUCGAUACAAUUUCCAAUUCACUGAAUUCAUACUCAGGAAAUUUGAGAAUAAUAAAUUUUGUGACUGGUAUUUUUUAUGAAAGAUUUUUGUGAGGCCUGUUUGUGCCUUGCGUGGGUGGUUGUAUGAAAUUUUCGAGUUCUUCGUAUAAGUCUCGCUGUCGGUAACGAAAUACGGAAGUGCUUGGAAGGGAGGGUGGGUAUCGCAACAAAGUAAAAAAGAAUCUGUGAUUUGAGAAGGUUUCUGUAGUUGCCAAAAACGAAAAGAAAUUAUAAUUAAAUUCCAUUAGUUUUUUAAAUGCGUAUAAACGAAACCUUCUCAAUGUUUCGUAAUUAUAAUUCUAGGAUUAUAAUUAUAAAUUCCUUGUAUGUGUGAUAUUUUUCCGUGGGCAAUCUUGAAAUAAACCAAAUUUUUCUAUUUUCUCUUUAUUUGAGACUAGUCCAGUAAAGACCUUCGUUGUUUUAGAAGGUACGUUAGCAAUGGGUUAUUUUAACGAUUGCCCGCGUCUGGGUUUAAAGGCUGUAUGAAACAAUUUGUAUAGGAUGUAAGACGUGUGACUGUUAUUUUGUAUGUAAGAUGUAUGAAAUUUUAUUAUGAAUAGCAUAAGUAUUUCUACAGGCCUAAAUUAUUAUUUAUUGAUGCCUCUAUUUUAAUGCACCAGAAACGCAAUUAUUAAUUUUAAAAAGCUCAUUUUAUCAAUCUGUAAUGUAUGUAUAUAUUUUGGUUUGUUAGGCACUUUAUUUGUAUUUACUCAGUUGCGCUUGAUUUGCUGGACAAGUAAAGUGCCCGCUUUUCUCUGCCAACAAGGAAGCCCAUGAUCUUUUUAAAAUUAAACCGCCAAAUUUUUUUCACUUGCAAGUCUACGAAUGUUUUGUGGAAAAGUUGUGUUAAAUUACAUUGGAAGGUUUUGAGUGGAAAUGUUUAUGAUUGCAUAUUUUAUCGGUUGAAUGUUUUGUUUUGAUUGUGCCAUGUUGAUUGUUAAACUGUAAUCACCCCAAACGCACCGAUGUUUGACAAUAUCCAUGUUUUACGUGUGUACUGAAGACUGAAUUUUUAAGUAAAUAGCGUAGUGAAGCUCAAAUGCCGUAUGAAAGUUGACGAAAUAUGCGGCUUAUAUUCCAAAAUUAAUAUUGUCGAACACCGGUUGAAUCUUUCUUUUUCUUCUUUCCCCUUUAAAAUGUUACCAUGUCUAGGGUGCCUAUUGACCAAUUUAUCAAAAUUAUUGUAUUAGAUUUUAAUUUUAUUAUGUUAAAUUUUUCUGCACGCCUUUUCAGUUAGAAUAUUUCACUUUUUAAAUUCCCUCCCAAAACAUUGGGAUCACCUUCCCACAGAAUUGGGAAUUUUGUAGUUGUACGGAUAAUAAAUGUUUCCUUUCUUUAGAA